UAUUCAGCGCUGUUUAUGUUCCUCUGAUCUCCGUCGCGCGCUCGUCGUGCACGCGCCCCGCACAGGAUGAUCUUGUUACAUUGUAGCGCGGCGUCACUGUGCGUCAUAAAGAGGAAGCGCGUUUGAUCCGAGCGAAUAGAACGUUUUUAACUUUUCAUCGGCUACCUUGUCUUUCUUCAGCUGCUCGAGAACGUCUGGAGCGGAGGAGCGACGCUGGUUUCCGCAGCGGACGCGUGGGGGGGGAGGAGGGUUCGUUGUCGGUCCUGACCACCGAGAUCCCCGUGGAUGACCUCCAGAGCCAUGUAUCCGCACGGAAGACCCCAGGCUCCGCUGGUGUCAGGCCACGCCGGUGUGAAAUUCACCGUCCUGGAAACUCUCGACCAUAUAAAAGAAGAAUUCCAGCUGUUCCAGGCCCAGUAUCACAGUCUGAAGCUGGAAUGUGAGAAGUUGGCGAGUGAGAAAACAGAGAUGCACAGACAUUACAUCAUGGUGAGAGUGACAUCCAACAACAUUACCCAUAAUCCUCCGCUAUGGGAAUUUGUGUGUUUGUUUCUGCAGGCAGAGAUUGUAAAGCGGCUUAGUGCUAUAUGCACUCAGAUCAUUCCACUGCUGUCCCAAGAGCAUCAGCAUCAGGUGGCUCAAGCAGUGGAAAGAUCCAAGCAUGUUAGCAUGGCUGAACUCAACGCUAUCUUCGGGCAGCAGCAGUUCCAGCAUCUAUCCCAUCAUGCCCCGGGCUUCCCUCUGACGCCACACCCCUCAGGACUGACCCUGGGAGUGGGUGCGAGCCUCAUGGCUCUUCCCGGGGCCUUUCCGUUCCCCCCACACCUGGUGCCUAAAGAUGACCUCACUCACCCUGAGCCCCUAGACUCCAGAGAUGGAGCUCCAAACAGGAGCGGCAGCGGCUCUCCGGUGAGCCAUCGGUCUGCAGGCCUGCGUCUGGGUCUUCCUCCUCCUUCCUCUUCCUCAUCCUCUCACGCUGAUAUGGACCGUAAACGGGGCGGCGCAGACCAGAGCAGCACGGGACGAACACGACGGGUGAGUCGAGUCAAGACCAAAACACGCUGCUUCCUCGCUUUACAGUUUAAAAUCGUCGCUUUAAGAUGCAUUUGA